AUGGCAACACGAAGGGAUCCCGGGGAAAGUUGUAGCUCCAAUCUCGUGGAAAGGGAUCAGGAGCAAGUUGAGGAAGAUAUCUUAUUGCGUGAUUUGGUCCCACCAAGAGAGGGACAAGCGAGGGGGACCGUUGACCCACCUUUUCAAAUAAAUAGGGAGCAGUUGAGGUUAGCCGUUCAGGAGGCUCUUUUUAAUACAUAUCGACCGACAGAUCCGCUUGUUGCGGAUAGUUUCAUGGAUAGGGUGGAAAAGCAUAUUAAUGCCAUGAAUUUGGCAACGGACAAGUUGCAGAUUACAUUGGUUACUUACAAUUUUGUGGGCGAUGCUGAGAUUUGGUGGAAGACCGUUUCUCACACCCAUAAUCUGGAUACUAUGACAUAUGCUACAUUCAAGAAGUUGUAUUAUGAAAAGUACUUUCCGGCGCCUAAGCGGAGGGAACUAAAGAAGGAGUUUGAUGCGUUUAAGCAAGGAAGCAUAACAGUUACAGAGUAUGAAAACAAGUUUACAUCACUUUUGAGGUUUGCACCGGGAAUUGCUAAUGAUGAAGAAGGAAAUAUAGAGAAAUUUGUUGAUGGCCUUGAUCUUACCAUUAGGCCAAUUGUAGCUACUUUAGAACCGACAGAGUAUGCAAAAGCAGUGCGAAAGGCUUUAGUGGUUGAGGCUGAGAGCAAGGACAACAAGGCUAUCAGGGAGUCCUACAAGCACAACAGGGGUAUGAGUACUUUCUCUGAAGGUCAAUCAAGUAAGAAGCGGAAGCAUGAGCAGUCAGGGUUCAGGGGACAGCAGCUAGUCAAAUCUGCACCCACAGCUUCAGUGUCCAUAGGGUCUUCUAAACCGAAUCCAGGGCAUCACAAGUCCCAGUGUACUCAGAUUCAAGUGGCGUCUGGUGGAUGUUUCGGGUGUGGCCAGCAGGGCCAUAGGGUGAAAGAUUGUCCACAGCGGGGCAGUGGUUUGGGCAGAGGUGGAGGUUCACAGCAGAGGCAGAUGCAGUCUGCCACAGUUCAGUCAGGGUUUCGACCACCACCUUAA